UCCAAUUUCAAUCUGCCUGUUUCCGCCAUCGGAUUUCGCCUCUCGAAUUCAAAUUUGGGGUUCUCACCAAACCCUAGCUUUCUCUCUCUAAACCCGGACUUCCGAGCACAUCUUCUCUCUCUAGAAGUGCAGUGUGGGCAUACAGAGCGAUGAGGAAGGGCACUAAGCGUAAGGCAACUCACAAGGGCGAGUCUCCAAGCAAGCCUGCUGAGGAUCAGAAAAAUGGGCGGAGCGAAUCCCCCAGCAAGCCGGAUAAAGAGAACCACUUGGAGGAGAAGAGCCGGAAUGGUGAGCCGGAGCGGAGCAAGAAAACAGCUGCACAGGGCAGGCCGAAGAGAGCCAAGGUCUCGAAGCCGGAAGCCGAGCCUGAGUACUUCCCGGAGAAGCGCAAUUUGGAGGACCUCUGGCAGCAGGUUUUUCCAGUGGGCACAGAGUGGGAUCAGUUGGACAUGGUAUAUCAAUACAAGUGGAACUUUUCUAAUUUGGAAGAUGCAUUUGAAGAAGGUGGAGAAUUAUAUAAUAAGAAGGUCUACCUCUUUGGCUGUACAGAGCCUCAAUUGGUCUCCUUUCAAGGUCAAGGAAAAGUUACAAUGAUACCUGUUGUGGUUGCUGUAGUAUCACCUUUUCCUCCUUCUGACAAGAUUGGGAUUAAAUCAGUUCAGAGGGAGACUGAAGAAAUCGUUCCCAUGAAGCAGAUGAAAAUGGACUGGGUCCCUUAUAUCCCACUUGAAAACAGGGAAGCCCAAGUUGAAAGACUUAAGAACUCCCAAAUUUUCAUUUUGAGCUGUAACCAGAGGAGGGCUGGUCUCAAACAUUUGAAGUUAGAACGUGUCAAGAAGUUUGAAUAUUGCUUACCUUACUUCUACCAUCCCUUCCAGGAAGAUGAACUCGAGCAGAGCACAGUGGUGCAACUUUUAUUUCCUAUUGAUCCCAAGCCGGUUUUCUGUGAGUUUGAUUGGGAGCUUGAUGAGCUAGAGGAGUUUACUGAUAAGCUUAUUGAGGAAGAGGAGUUGCCUGCAGAUCAGAAUGAUGCCUUCAAGGAUUUUGUGAAGGAGAAAGUUCGGGAAGCUAAAAAAGCUAACCGCGAGGCAAGGGAAGCACGUAAAAAGGCACUGGCAGAAAUGAGUGCGGAAACAAAGGCUGCGUUUGAGAAUAUGAGAUUCUAUAAAUUUUAUCCCGUAUCUACACCUGAUACACCCGAUGUAUCCAGCGUCAAGUCGCCCUUCAUCAACAGAUACUAUGGGAAGGCUCACAACGUUAUAUGAGUGGAAUGCCAAGGACAAGUCAUCUAAGAGAGGAAGCAACUUAUAACAGCAUUGCGUGUCCUUGGCAAUGAAAUUUAGCAGACAAAUUUAUGGAACUGCACGGUGCCAUGUGGAUUCAGUAAGGACUGGUUUACAGUUUUCAUUGUUGGAAGUGUAAACUUUAGAGGUCAAGACCAGAGAAACAAGAUUGAACAACCAAAAGCCGGAAUCAUUUAGCGCACCUGUUUUGUAUUAAUGGGGAACAUCAAUUUUGGAGACAGUUAGUUGAAUACAGAAGCUGUGAGUUCCUUAGACUAUUUAUCCAGUCUAAUAGUUACUCCCACUCAAUUUUUGACAGGGUUCACUACAAUGUAAUAUUUGAAAUAUAGGCCUUUCGCACUUUGCUGAGGUGUACCAUUAUUUAAUAAAUUGAAGUUUCAUUGCA